AUGCAGCCACUGAGUCAAAUGGAAUUUGGUCACUGUGAUGUUGGAUACUAUUCCUGUACCGGAACAAGGCGGUGCUGUCCUGAUGGUUAUGACUGUACAGGGACCGACAAGUGUGAAAAGGGUUACUGUGAUGUUGGAUACUAUUCCUGUACCGGAACAAGGUGGUGCUGUCCUGAUGGUUAUGACUGUACAGGGACCGACCAGUGUGACGAAAAACGCGGAUACUUGUUUUGGCUUCUUAUUGGUGCCCCUAUUUUAGUAUUUGCUAUUGCCGGUAGUAUUGUGAUAUGCUACAGAGGAUACAGGGAUAGACCUCGUAAAACGGAUUUGCCGUCUACAGCAUGUAGUGGCUUCUUACAGUCAAACAUUAGUAGUUCUAGAGGAAGACUAAUAGAGCAAUGAAAGCUGGUUUAUGGAUCCGUUUUGUAUGAUCUUGUGUUGCAUUAUUGUAUAUUUCUUGUUCUUGACAACACAUGUUUUAGUAUUAGUCGUAUAAUAUCAGUCGAUUCAGAUAAAAUUCUAAAAUGCAUUUCAUGUUUAUAAAAUAUAAUGUUAAAAGGUUAUCCAUGAAAACAGAUUGAUUUUUUUUUAAUCUUAGCAUGAAUGCUUGAAACUCGCUCGUUUAAGUCAUAUAUAUAUGAGAGAAUUUUAGCAAUGUUGCUACUAACCGCGAUGGAAACGCAAGAAUGUGAUGGUUUGGUGCUAAAUGGUACGCUUUUGAUCUUGUUAUAGUACGAUUGUGGCAUUCGGACGAUGACGUGUGUUGUUUGUAACGCUGAAAGGCGAAGUCUGAAAUAAACUGUAUCUUGACUUCG